UGCCGCGCCGCCUCCCAGGCGGAUGGACCAAUGGGUUAACGGGGGACAGACUCGGCGCGGGCUGAGACGAGGAGGCUGCGAGAUCCGCCGCACUGGUUACGGCGAGCCGCGGCCAGCCAUGAAGCCGCCCAUUUCAAUACAGGCAAGUGAAUUUGAUUCUUCAGAUGAAGAGCCUAUUGAAGAUGAACAGACUCCAAUUCAGAUCUCAUGGCUACCUCUGUCACGAGUGAAUUGCUCACAGUUUCUCGGUUUAUGUGCUCUUCCAGGUUGUAAAUUUAAAGAUGUUAGAAGAAACAUUCACAAAGAUACAGAGGAACUAAAGAGCUACGGGAUCCAAGAUGUAUUUGUUUUCUGCACCAGAGGGGAGCUGUCAAAAUAUAGAGUCCCAAACCUUCUGGACCUCUACCAACAGUCUGGAAUUGUCACCCAUCACCACCCAAUUCCAGAUGGAGGGACUCCUGACAUAGGCAGCUGCUGGGAAAUCAUGGAGGAGCUGGCCACCUGCCUUAAAAACCACCGGAAAACCCUGAUACACUGCUAUGGAGGACUUGGAAGAUCCUGUCUUGUAGCUGCUUGUCUCCUCCUAUACUUGUCUGACUCAGUAUCACCCCAGCAAGCCAUAGACAGCCUUCGAGAUGUCAGGGGAUCUGGGGCCAUACAGACCAUCAAGAAACAAGUAGGAAGAAGGCAGCGGCACCACGCCGGAUGUGACAAUCACGGAUGGCGCUGUUUGUGCGCACCCCAAGUUCAUCUGCCCUCCCGUGGUACCAGCUUAGCCUGUCAUCCGCCUGGUGCUCACGAAUCCUCACCUGCAGGCUGCCUGUGGUCCAGUCUCCCUUUCCUGGAUUAGCAGACUACACCAGCAUCAAGUACUGGGACUUACUGUACUAACUCAUUCAGGUCAAGCAAACUGCUUCUCAAGGUUUAAACAUGGCCAUUCAUAAAAUACACCUUACUGCAUCUACUUCUCUACAGAAGUUCUGAAAAUAGAACUCCCUUUAUUCUGUUAGCAUCAAAUACUUCAAAUUUAGGAAGUUCAGUCGCCUUUUUCUAACAAGAGCCAUGGUCCAAUAUGUAUGCAUUAUACAUGUGUCACCGAAAUGAGGCCGACACUCAUGUGGGUGUCAGCUCAUCGCCUGGACAUUCCGUAGCUAAUGGGUCCUCCCCACCUCUCCCGAGGAAAGCCAGCAUGGCAGGGUUUCACUAUCAGGGACGGUGGCUAUCAGAGCUGUCUUUUGGAAAGAGAUUUCAACUUCAAUAAAUUGUCAAAAAGCACUUA